AUGAGUUCCACUUCGAAUCUUGAGUAUGAGAAAAUACCGAAGAGAUAUAUAGAUCCACUUGCCCCAAAGGACAAAAGUGAGGGUUCAAGGGUCAAUGGAAAAGAUUGGAAGAUUAAGAAAGAUGCAUUUAGAGUAAAGACAUUGGGAGUAGCUAAAAAGAGUUCAUUUAAGGAGAGAGAGUUGAAGAAGCUUCAGGAGCAACAAUACAAGGAAAGGUUGAAGGAGCUUAAGGAGGAAAAGGAGUCUGCCAAGAAGCAAAAGAUUGAUGAUUUGAAAAGAAGACGUGAAAUCAAAGCCGAGAAGGAGAGACAUGAAAAGUUGGCAGCAAAGAUGCAUCAAAAGAAGGUGGAGAGGUUAAAAAAACGUGAAAAGAGAAACAAGCUUCUCAAAGAACGUUGA